GGCGAAGCAGACGGGCCGCUUCGGGACGGAGUGGUUCGUUGGCCGCCGCUCCACGGAGAUCAACGCCAAGAUGGUGCAACUCCCGCGGCCGCCGUACGACCCCCGGCCGUACAGUCUCGAAUUUCGGAAGUACCCUGACAUUGCCAGCGGGCUGGGGGCUGAGUAUUUCUACCGCGAGGACCAGAAGCAUCCGCUGACAUAUUACCACAUGAAGAGCCCGUUAUCUGGUGACGUCGUGGCAGUGGGCGCGACCGACGAGCGGGCACGCGAGGCUCGAACAAUCGACAACUAUGUCAAGGAGCGGACCAGGGGCUUUGCGGUGCAGAUCGUGCUCGACGGGCGCGGCGUCCGCGCGUACUUCGAGCCCGCGGACAGCCGCAACCUGAAAGUCCGCCUCGGCGUGGGCGCCAAGGUGAAGGACCUCUCCGAGUACGUCCGGCGAGACCCCGAUGUCAAGGUGACCACAAAUCAGAAGGGCGACGUGCUGGUCAUCCACGGCCCAAACAAGGCGCGCGUCGGCACCCUCGCGUUCAGGCUGCUCAGGAUGUGCCAGCCCACGCUGAUGCCGUACACGGGCAAGGGCGGACAUUUUGCCUUCCACCCAGUCAAGAGGAAACCUGUCAGGAAGAAGUGAGCGCACGUCCCAUCAUGCUCCCUGUCUUCCUCUCCUCCCGCCAUUUGCUCCUCCUCCUCCUCCUCCUCCUCCCUUCUUCCUCUUUCCUCCUCCUC